UGGCCUGAAUCAGGGACCAACCCACUUUCUCUAGGCCUCAGGAUGCCCUCUGGAUGACAUAGUUAUAUUUGUGCCUCUGUGAAUGGUCUUUGGGUGCAGAGGACAGCCCUCCCCGGUUAAGGCUCAUUGUAUACCUGCUGGCUCAGACAUCUUUUCCUUUUUCUGCUCCACCACAGCCCACGAUGAUUGACGAGCUGUAUGAGCUGGUGGUGGAUGCCAUCUUCGGCUUCAGCUUCAAAGGCGAUGUUCGGGAGCCAUUCCACAGCAUCCUGAGUGUCCUGAAGGGACUCACUGUGCCCAUUGCCAGCAUCGACAUUCCCUCAGGAUGGGAUGUGGAGAAGGGAAAUGCUGGAGGGAUCCAGCCGGACUUGCUCAUCUCCCUGACGGCACCCAAAAAGUCUGCAACCCAGUUUACUGGUCGCUACCAUUACCUGGGGGGCCGUUUUGUGCCACCUGCUCUGGAAAAGAAGUACCAGCUGAACCUACCAAUCUACCCUGACACUGAGUGUGUCUAUCGUCUGCAGUGAGGGAAGGUGGGUGGACAUUCUUCCCAGAAAAGACUUAGUGCCAUUCUCUCCCGGAACUGUGGAGUCCUGGGAGCUCUUCUGGUAAUAAAGUUUAGUGGGUGGCAGGAGCCAGAGAGCAACACUGGUGAUGUGGUGCCAUCUGUCUAAGGGAAACACAACAGGAAAGAAGGGUUGCUAUGGCAUUUGGAAGCAAUGAAAAUUGACUGUUGGAUGCC